AGGUAAGCGUCCCGUGUGAGGGGGAGACGUUGGUGAAGUGCACCGCUGGACAGGUGUGUUGAGGUCUCGAACGUGUACUGGAGGAGCUGAUGGGGGAGUCCGCGUGGCUUAAAGUGCGCUCCGACUUGUACCCGAGUCCUGGGGGGGAGCGCGGCCCCCGACAGUCCCCGACCCCUGCCCUCCCCCCGCAGGACUGGGACCCCGCCGCGCCCUGCUUCGUCUGCCUCGGCACCGGCAACGCCGACACCCAGUCUGAGUGGCCGGCGCGGGAGGGCGCGACGCCCAACACCAGUGUCGCAGACUCCCCGGGAGACCCCACCUGCACCCCGCCACCGCCGCCGCCGCCGCCGCCGCCCAGCACUCAGGGGAGCCACCCCACGGACGCUGCCGAGGCCACACUUGACCUCUCCACGACGCGGCCGCCAUCCACGCCCACGCCGUCGUCAGGGGGCAGCAGCAGCGUGUCGCGCACCCCCACCUGCGGCGAGGCGAGGAAUGUGUCCGUGGGCGUGGAGGCGAGCCUGGCCCCGGAGCUCGGGCCGCGCCUACCGCUGGGGCUCUACACCGCCAACCUGCCGCCGCACCUGCUGCCCUGGAUCCUCUCCUCCCACCUCCACCACCUGGCCAGGGCGCACCAGGUGAGCGAGGAGGCGUGCGAGGACCGGGAGCAGCAGCCUCUGGACCUGAGUGCCAAGUCGCAGGUGGAGAGCAUCAAGAGGGAAGUGGGCGUGGUCUGCAGCCCCCCGCCCACCAUCAACCCCCUCUUCCCUUCCUAUGAGAGGGCCGUGCACACCUCAGUCCCCAUAGACACCAAAGUCACCUCUACCAGGGGUCGCCGGCGCGGGGACCUCAGCAAGCGGUCGUACACGGAGGAGGAGCUGCAGGCGGCGCUGCGGGACAUCCAGAGUGGCAAGCUGGGCACGCGGCGUGCGGCGGUCAUUUACGGCAUCCCGCGCUCCACGCUCAGAAACAAGGUGUACAAGCUGGCCAUGGAGAGAGACAGGAACAAGAAGCUGGCAGAGCAGAGUGGCAACGAGUCCGUGCAGACGGAGGCCAGGUCUGGCUUCUCACAGCACUACAACGGCAGCAGCGGCACGUCCGUGGCGGCGGGCGGCUGCAGCGGCGGGGAGGAGGUGAAGGCCUCGCCGGAGUGCAUCAGGACGCUGCUGCAGACCAAGGUUGUGGAGAAGCUGGAGGAGAUGAGCCGCAAGGGAGGCCGCCAGGUGAUGGACUCCCGGCCGGCGGUGGAGGCCAUGCUCAGACACCUCCUCAACAACAUUCCGAAGCUCGCCCUCAACAAGGACAACGUGCAGACGUCCACCGAGGCCCUCGACAGCAUUUCUUUCGUACCUCAGUUAAAUGACUUUAUAAAGAAAGUAGUAGAAGACCGAUACAACGAAGAACUACAAAGAAGUAAGUUGAAACUGAACGGAUCAGUUGAAAUCCAUGCCGUCAAUGGUCUGAAGAGUGACCCAUGUGACCUUAGUGUACCGUCCUAUUCUCCAUCCUGCAACGGCCUCCUCAAGGGAGAGUCGGACACCACCGCCUCAGACUCCAACCAUUCUAGUCAGCCUCUCAUUCCGUCUCUGUCCAGCCCUAAUCUUAAAGAAAUGAUCGCGCAGAUGAUCGGCCAAAAACUGGGUUGUGAGGUUCCCAGCGGCAAGGAGGGGCCUGCGACCACCAGCUCCCACCUCCUCCCGCCCACAUCCACUGCCGGGGAGCUGCAGGCCAAGGCGGGGGGCGCGGACAAGCGGGAGCAGAACAAGAAGGCACAAAUUUCAUCUUCCACGUCGACGGGCGGCAAGGGAUCGCGGCCCAAGCGGGGAAAGUAUCGUAACUACGAUCGCGACAACCUGCUGAAGGCCGUGCAGGCGGUGCAGAGCGGCGAGAUGAGCGUGCACAGGGCCGGCAGCUUCUACGGCGUGCCCCACUCCACCCUGGAGUACAAAGUGAAGGAGAGGCACCUCAGCCGGGGAAAGAACAAGAAGGAGAACCCGCCAGCAUACAACUGCUCUCCGCCAGUGGACAGGACCCGCAAGGACAACACCGCCAGAUCCACCAGGACACCGCCGGACACAACCUCCUCCGCCACCACCACCACCACCACCGUGGGUAGGCUCGUCGAGGACACCCCCGCCUCUACCACCACCACCACCACCACCUCAACGAUAGACCUCACUGUCGACGAUAACUCUCAGGGCGGGGAGAGCUCAGGAAUCCUGCCGACAGUAAAGAAGGCUCGCAUGGAAAGCGAAGCCUCGUCUUACUCCACCUUCUCUCCUCUCUCCUCCUCGUCCUUGUCCUCUCCCCCGGCGCCAGCCACGCCCCUGCUCACCAGCCCCUUCUCCAUCUGGAGCGGGGCGCCCGUGGUGCCGCCCUUCCUCUCCCGGUACCAGCAAGACCCUUUCUACGCCUCGCAAAUGAUCCGCAGGUUCCAGGAGGCCGCCACCGUCAAGGACCAGCGGGUACCCUCCCCUGCCAACGCCCACGAGCCCGCCGCCGCCGCCACCCCGUCAUACCAGGGCAGCGUGCUGGACGCCCUCCUCAGGGGCAAAGCCGCCGCCGCCACCACCGCCUCGGCAGCCACCACCCCUCGUCCCGCCGCCCCAGCAAGCGGCGGCAGCGCCAGCACCAGCCCGCCGCCGUUACCGGGUGGUGGCGAGGCGUCGUGGCAGGUGUCCUCUAGUCUGCUGAGCCUGACCAAAGGGCUGGUGAUGGAGCAGCACCAGGGCGAGGACGCUGCCGCCGCGUCGCCCCUCGCCCAGGCCUCAGGGAUGAUGGCCUUCAACCCACUGUACAGCCUGCCCGGCCUGGCCGCCGCCCGCUCCGCCCUACAGCAGCGCUCGUCGCCAACCGACAGGGCGCGGGACGCCGCCAGCCCCGAGGUUAACCUGCUGCCACUGCCCCUCGUAAAGGAGGGCCGCCACCCCACCCCUGUGGCCGCCGACCAGCCCUGAGCCGCGUCGCCCCCGCCACCUCCCCCUCCUCCUGCCCCCCCUCCCGUCCCUGCAGUCAGCGGCGGUGGAGGGAGCCGCUGCUCGCCGCGGGACUCGCCGCCGCCACAGCGCCGCCUGUCUACUUCCGAUGAUCUCUGCGGCUGUGCGUCAGCUGCUCAUACUGACUCCAUCCUCCUACUCAUAGUGAUGACAUACAACAUUCCUGUAAUUCUAUGUUAAUUCAAGAGAUUAACGUACUUUUUAUAGUAUAAUUCAAAUGAGGUAUAUAUAUCACUCUAUUUUAUGAGGACGUGGACGAUGUCAAAGGACGCAUUAACAAAGAAACCAAGAAGUGUUGUGUGACUGCUUGAAAGGCCGCCGCGGAGGCCGCGGCUGCGUGUGUCUGGUGCCAACGAGGGUUUACUUAACGGUAGUCGCGCCCCGGCGGUGGUGCCGCGAUGCCGGUGGUGAUGUGAUGAGAGUGAAGGUGAUGCUGGCAGACAAGAGUUGCACAGCAAGCCAGGGACACCGUGACACUAAUGUUAGGAUCAGAGCGUCCGAAGAGGAAAAGCUGCGCGCCCCCGGGAGCCACUGCUGCUGGCGGGUGGUUGGUCACCACUUUGUGUGUGUGUGUGUGUGUGUGUGUGUAUACGGGCGCAGGGGUGUGGGUGGUUGGGGCCCGCACACAGCCUCCUCACGGUAUUCCCGACAAUCGUUCUCUGCCCUGCCCUUGACGACCGUUUGGUCGUGUCGAGGCGCCGCUCCGGAGCUGCGAGCCGCGCGCGGCCGCCAGCAAACCUUAGGACAGUCCCCAGGCCGCAGUGGCUCCCGGCGGCCGCCCCUCGGACGCUCUGGCCACUCCGACGCUGCGCGUUGCCUUUAGCAGCAGUGAAAGGCUCAUUCCGUAAGUUAUAAAAACGCUUCAGAAUCCAGGUUUGUCUUCUAAUGUUGCUCUUCAUGUAGCCUACCGACCCCGUCCAUGUAGAGAUAUUGAGUAGCAUAAGAGUAUUCUAUUUUGUCAUGGUAGUUGCCGUGAAGACCCACGGGCUAACGUUAUUCAGACCUUUUGAUGCUCCAAGUUGUCUACAUGUAGCAGUUUAGGUCCAGACGACGACGUCUGCUGUGCGUGGAUGUGCUUGUGUCGGAUGCCGCCCCAAGGGCACGUUUCUUCCAAGCUUCCUCCAUACGCUCCUUGCAUCAAGGCACGGCGGCCUCGCUGCUCACCAACUAGUGAUAUGCGUCUACUUGGACCCCUGUGUACGUGAGCGCGACGCGUGCACGCGUACUUCCCUCUUCCAGCGUUCGGUAGUUUUUCCCGUCACCUUGCCGCUCAGGAGGUCCGGGCCGCGCCGCACCUGGCCCGCGCCCGGCGCCUCCCGAGGCCGUGUGCAGGCGUGGCCUCGUCCUCCAGUGGUGCUGCGCGGCCACGCAUACCGAGCGACUCAAUGCCAAAACGAGGUUAUUAGUGACGCUUAGUGAAAGGUGUUUCUUACUGACCCCCACACUAGGCUGUACACCUGAGUGAUUACACACACACACACACACACACACACACACACA